AUGCAGAGCGCGCCCCCCGCCGCCCCGCCGGCUCUGCACCUCCUCACCUCCUACUUCAUCGACAGCAUCCUGGGCCGGGGCCCCGCGGCGGGGCGGCAGGGCGAGGAGCGCGCGGCGCCGCCGGCGCGGCCCGGCCGAGCGCGCGGCCCCGCGGAGGAGCCGGCGGCGACGAGUCGCGAGCAGCGCCCGCCCGGGGCGGCGGCAGCGGCAGCGGGGGGCGAGGCACCGGGUCCGGUGAAGAGAAAGCAGCGGCGGUACCGCACCACGUUCAGCACCUUCCAGCUGGAGGAGCUGGAGCGCGCCUUCCGCAAGUCCCACUACCCCGACGUGUUCACCAGAGAGGAGCUGGCCGUGCGCCUGGACCUGACAGAAGCCCGAGUGCAGGUCUGGUUCCAAAACAGAAGGGCAAAGUGGAGGAAACGUGAAAAAAAUGAAAUUCUGGGGACUGUUCCAGGAAUCUCCCUAACACACCCACUUGGUCUAUUUUUGGAUGUUCCACUGAGUCACACUCCCCUCCUAGAUCACACGUGGAGGUCAAUGCCUCUUUCAACACUGGCUAUGCCAUCCAUGUCUCCAGCCUUUAAUCCAUCAACUUUAGGGCCAUUUGGCCUCAGCAGCCUUACCUGGACCUCUCUCUUCAGAAAUCCUAUUUUAAAUCCACAUUUUGGAAGGUUUCUCAAUGCUUUAAAUCCUCUCAUGACAACAGCGUCAGUACUAAUGAAAGCUCCUGGACCCCCAUCAGAUCCUGCUCUUACUGCCUUCACUGAUCCAGCAGCAGUUGAAAGAAAAACGUCAAGCAUUGCAGCGUUAAGACUCAAGGCAAAAGAACAUUCAGCACAAAUCCCUCAACUGAACCUCAUCUCCAGCCUAACAAACGCUAACAAAGAACUCUGCUAGAUGCUGUCCCACAGGCUGCAGCCACGAAGGGGAAAGUGAAUGCCUUCUCCAAAAAGUAACUCCUGUUAGAGAGACACUUAAAAAAAGACAACAUACACACAGAGCUGUAGUUCCUCCAUCUUCAGCAACAGACUGAAGGGAAAUAACCCCACUGAAAUUGUUUUCCUUCAUUACAAUGUGAAAUCAGGUAGUAAAUUGGCUUGUAUCAUUUCUGACUCUACAGAAAUAGAGGCAGGAACUGUGUCAUCUUUGUAAUUCAGGCUCACACAAAUCAGACUCUAGUCCAAAGGCUCAAAAUCAGUUUUCUGAGCAGCUCUUAACUCACUUCUUGGGACAAACCCACAUGCAAUACUUGAGAGGCAAGAAUCAGUACAUGGUUAUUAACCUUGAGACCAUGCUUCAUGUUGAAGUGCAAAUGCCAGUGAAAUCUCCCAUUGUAGACACUCAGCAGGAAGGAGAUGGGACUGUUUUCAGCAGAGGCUUUUGCUUCAGAACUAGGUUUGUUUCAAACUAAAUAAAUGUUUGCUUUGUGUUCAA